AUGUCCAGAAUAAUUUUUCUUAAGAACAAAACAACACCUACAGACCCGUACGAAACCACUUUUACAGAUGGAGGGUUUGAACCUGUAUUUGUUCCACUAAUACGCCAUUUCCAUGUUCCAGACGAAGCGUUGACGCUAUUCAGAAACAGGAGCUACCUAACGAAAUUGAAAUACAUUAUAGUUACUUCACAACGAACAGUCGAAUGUCUAAAUGAGUCAAUACUUCCUAAAAUGACUACGGAAGAGCAAUCUCUUUUAAAGGAAAAGACUAUAUACACAGUUGGACCGGCCACUUCGGAGUUCUUGAGAAAUUCUGGUUUUCAAAACAUAAGAGGAGGAGUCGAAGUUGGAAAUGGCGGAUUACUUGCUGAUCUGAUUGUUAAAUCGCAUUCUGAGGAAGAGAUUGAUCACUUUUUGUUUUUAGUUGGAGAAAUAAGAAGAGAUAUCAUUCCCAAGAAACUUAAAGCUAAUGGCUACAAGGUCAACGAAAUUGUAACUUACAAAACCGAGAAUCUGUUAGACAAUAUUGAUCGUUUUAUUUUGCACUAUAAGAAUGAUGAGAAUAACCAAGCGGUUAUGAACAAGCCCUCCACAUGGAUUGUGUUCUUUAGUCCCCAGGGUACGGAAGAUAUAAUUGAGUACCUAAAAGAGAACAAGGGCUAUAAAAUUGCUAGCAUAGGUCCUACAACGGAAAAGUACCUCCUAGAAAAAGGUUUGAAACCAGACACUGUUAGUUUUAAGCCGUCUCCAAUAUUCUUACUGAAUGCCAUUAAUAGUUACAAAUAA